GUUGAUUCUGAGCAUUACACUUAUAGACGGAAGAUGAUUUUCAGAUGGUGGUCAAAUGAAACUAUGGCUGUCGUGACUGGUUCAAACAGAGGAAUUGGUUUUGAAAUUGCUCACCAACUGGCAUCACAUGGCUUAACAGUAGUUCUUACAUCACGAGAGACUCGUGUUGGUGAAGAAGCAACAAAAAUCAUGCAAGAAAAAGGUUUGAAUGUGGUAUUUCAUCAAUUGGAUAUUGUGGACCCUGCAUCAAUUGAAACAUUUUCUGACUGGAUAAAGGAAAACUAUGGUGGUUUAGAUAUACUGAUCAAUAAUGCAGGAGUCAAUUUCAAUUUCGGCACAGAUAAUUCAGUGGAAUAUGCAGAAACUGUUAUCCGGACCAACUACUUCGGCACCAAAAGUAUGAUUAAAACUAUGAUUCCAUUAAUGAGGCCUUCUCCUUUUGGCGCUCGUAUUGUUAAUGUGACCUCACGACUGGGAAGACUUAACGGCAGACGGAAUAGAAUUGCAAAUGUCAGCUUGAGACAACAACUGGAGGAUAACGAUUCCCUAUCAGAGGAACUGAUUGAUAGUACUGUGAACUCAUUUUUGGAACAAGUAAAAAAUGGAACAUGGGAAUCUGGGGGAUGGCCACAAGUAUUCACAGACUACUCAUUGUCAAAGCUUGCUGCUAAUGCUUACACCAGGCUAAUGGCGAGGAUACUUUCUGACCAGCCAGAGGGCCAUAAGAUAUAUAUGAAUUGCUAUUGCCCAGGUUGGGUGAAGACUGCCAUGACCGAUUGGGCUGGGCAUACAUCUCCCGAAGUUGCUGCUGAUACUGCAGUCUGGCUUGCUCUUAUCUCAGACCAGUUUGUGAGUGGUAAGUUUUUUGCUGAGAGGCGUGAAAUAAACUUCUAAAGUGGGCAUUGAAAACAAAUUCAAGAAUCAGCCCAGUUUCUUUUGCUUUUGAACGAAAAUGUGACAUGAGUACAGAUAAAAGCUAGAGUACUUGUGUUACAAGAUGCUACCAAGAGCCUACUGAAAAUUGAUAUUGCUGAUGGGAAACAAUCUGUAUCGGUACAAGCUGUUAAGUUGAUUACCUAGUCGUCAAACUCUGGAGGAUGUGUUAACUUUGGGAAGAGCUGAAAGGGUGGUCUGGUUUUCUAAUAAUCACAUCGACACAUCCUGGAUUAGAUCAUUUGCCUGUGUUUUGGUGUACUAUUUGUAACUUUUAGUACAGAUUAGCAAUGCAUACUACAGCAUAUUGGAUAGUUAACUACUUAAAAAUAUGUCUUGUUCUAUAAUUAUAAGCAUUAGCUGUUUUAAAAGAUCACUAAAUCCAUCCGCAUACGUACUCCUAAAGAAAUAACAUUCUGCCUUCUA